UAUUUGUAUAAAAUCAACAUGAACACCGUUUACAACUGCGUAAUAUAAUGUAUUUCUGUUAAAGUUUCUGUGAAAUUAAACAUCAUAUUAAAUGAGAAAAAAAUUUAGUGUGGGACUUAUAAGUUCUCAGCUGAAAAGGAAAUUCAAUUCAGAGAUGGAAGAAGUAUUUCAAUGAACGAUCAUGAAAACGUGUUUUUGUUUACAAUAACAUGAUGACGUUCUUAAGAACUUCCGCAAUAAUAUAAUCCAGCUGUAAAACUGGUGAAAUGUCACUUGUCGGUGUGUCGGUAUCUUCAGUGUCCUGAUGUAGUUUUAACAGCAUCAAUAGUGUAAUACUUAGUUUAUAGUAAGAAUAUAGUCACUUAAAUAUCAGGCCUAGCAUGAAUUUAAUUAUUCAAACAUAAGAUGACAUAAAAGAGACGCAUCCCUCAGUAUUUCUCCUCAGCAAAAUUCAAUUCGACCAUUAGUUUUCACACUUUCGUGUGAAAAAAAAAAGCAUCAACACACUGUAAAUUAAAGAUUUAUUGUGCACUUUAAUUAGAUUGACUGAAUAAAAUGUGAGUUUUCACAAGUGUGCUGAAAUCAUUGAUCUUGCGCUGCUCUGACUGGCGGCUUUUGUGAUUUUAUAAAGGAAAAGCGCGGUGCUCGCUUUCUGUGUAAUUCAUUCACAAGAAAAGUUAUUGUUUUUUUUCAUGAGAUUUUCUGAGUACUUCAUACUUCACUUUGACAAAAUGUAUUUUUAAACCAAGUGAUUUUAUAAUGUUUAAUAUUUAUUCAAAAGCAAAACUGAGUGAAAAACUAUUACAGUAAAUGGCUAAUAUGAGCCAAUAAAUGCUACUCUGCCACCAUCUGAUGGUUAUAAUUAAUGUCUUUUUUAUUUUUAAAUAAGUGUUUUCUAUCAAAUGUUCGAUUUUUAACAUCUUGAAAUGUUCAGUUUUACAAAUGGGGACAAUCUCAGAAGGAUGAACAAAUAAUGUUUGUGGUCAUCACAUUAAAAAAUAACAUUUGAAGUGCUGGAAAAAUGUUGCGUGUGCGUGUCUAAUUACAGACACCGCGUUUCUUAUUCAAACAUUCCCAUUAGCUUCAUCUUUAUUGUAAUCAAUAAAACUGAUUUAUUGGCAAAUUAGGCAAGUGUAAUAACUGCAUUAAAAUAUAAAUACAACAUUAAAAAAUCAACCAUUGAUGGUUUUGUGUCGAUGUACAGCGAGUACAGAAUGACAGCUAACAGUUCACCGGAAAUGACUAAGCUGGCUUAAUGAAAACCAGGAAGUAACCGUGCAUAUGGUCAGUUACACUAAGAAAGCACAUGUGGUCUGUUUUGAUUUCAUGUUGAUUUGAAUUUUUUUUAAUGAUCCAAAGAUUGUGCUUUUUGUGCACUUUAAAGUGGCAUUCUCUCUUUCGAUAUGUUCUUGAAAGACUCUGAGGGCUCUGAAUGCACCAUAGCAGCAGUUCUGGAGGAAGAGGAGGAGCGAGUGUUUCGGUGGCGCCACGCCCUGCUGCAGGGCAUGGAGUACCACAGUUCAGGGACGCUGCCGCUCCUGGGCAGCCCGCGAUACUGUCCCGGCACUAACAGUGCCAGUGGCUAUCUGUGCCAGACCGGCCACUGCUGCCAGGAGACGGGCUGCUGUACCUACUACUAUGAGCUGUGGUGGUUUUGGCUGCUGUGGAGUGUGCUCAUCCUGUUCAGCUGUUGCUGUGCGUAUCGUCACCGUCAGGCGAAGCAGCGCGUCCAGCAGCAGCAGAGGCAGAGAGAGAUCAACCUCAUGGCCUAUCACGGAGCGUGCAGUUACCCUUCCUCCAUGUUUGACCUCAGUUUCCUCGCCUCACUUAAACUGCCAUCCUAUGAGGAAGUAGCAGCCCAACCCAGCACCCCGCCCCCUCCCUACAGCUCUGUCGCCUACCCACGAGGCUCCGCCCACCCCGGCCCGAGUCACAUGCUGUCAUCACAGAGCUCUGACAACUACACCAGCUGCUCCUGUGACUCCUGCUGUCCGUCAUCGCCCUGUAGCUCCUCCCCCUCUUCUGCCCAGCUCACGGAUGAGACAGAUACGAGCCACGCCUCCACGCCCUCCUUCAGCGAGCCUGGCCACACCCACUCUGCAGUUAUGCACAACGAGAGCGUUCCGCUCAACGAAGGUGGCCAAUCACCAAUGCUCGAGAUCGUGGAGGUGGAGCUUCCGUGCUCCGCCCCCUUGGAUUGCAAUGCGAACAACAAACCGGCAAAGAACAUCAGCACUAGUAGCACAGAUAAUGUUACUGACAUAUUAGAUGCAUCCCAAACUGUUAGUACUAACAAUAUCUGUGAUGCAAACAGCCCGACGUCGAAAAAUAUCACCAGCGUUUGUCAUCCCUCGUCCUCUUCGUCUCUGCACCUCUUCUCAAUCUCUGACCCACUUGGUGCUUGUUCUGAGCCGCAGAGGGAGGAGCCUGUAGCUCCGCCCCCUCAGUCUCCGCCCAGGUCAGCUCUCUUUUCUCCCGGCGUUGAACCCGAGCGCCGUGACUCCGCCGUGAGCGACCUGGAUGUGGACCAAACGCACUUCCAGCAGCGACGGCUGACUGGCGACUCUGGCAUCGAGGUAUGCCGCUGCCGGAUGGAACGCGAAGAAGAGGAUGAAGAGGAAGAAGAAGAUGGAGGACACUUACCGGCAGAGUCAGCAAUUGAGACGGGUGAUGCUCUUCACGAUAGUCCAGACUGUUCCGCCAGAGCCAGACAGCUGCCACCCAAUGGGGGCGGGAAAGAGGCGUGGCCUGUCUCCUCGGUGCCUCCGCCCACUGAAGCGGUUGUCAUUGCCAUCGAAACUGACUGACCUAGUGCAUAAAUGAGUGUGAGAACAACUGUACAGACUGACGUUAGAAGAUACACAUUAAAUCUUUGGUCUUAGGGUCGAACACUACCAUAAAUUUUAGAAUAACUAAGAUAGCAACAAAUCAACAAAUCAUGUGACACUGAAGACUGGCGUAAUGAUGCUGAAAAUUCAGCUUUGAUCACAGGAAUAAAUUACACUUUGCUAUAUAUUCACAUAGAAAACAGCUAUUUUAAUUUACAAUACUAUUUCACAAUUUUACUGUAUUUUUCAUCAAACAAAUGCAGCCUUCACUCUAAAAAACACUGGGAUAAAAACAACCCAUUUUGUUACAACCCAAUUCGCCCCCGUAUGUUGCUUUGCAUAAAAUUAAACAAAUUUUUAGAUAAAAUGAAACAUACACAAACCUGUAAUUUACUGAAGACAUGCACCAAUUUGAUGGAGCUGCACUGCUCUCUCCUGAAGAGGGCGUAUAAAACCUCGUAAUAGAUAACUCAUCCCCUGGGUUGUUACGUCUGACCCAGGAUCAGGGUAACACAAAAACAACCCAAACACUGGGUUAUUACGUCUGACCCAGGAUCUGUGUAAUACAAAAACAACCCAAACACUGGGUUGUUACGUCUGACCCAGGAUCUGUGUAAUACAAAAACUACCCAAACACUGGGUUGUUACGUCUGACCCAGGAUCUGUGUAAUACAAAAACUACCCAAACACUGGAAAAAUAACCCAAAAGGCUCAACCCAGGACUUGGGUGGAAUGAAUAACCCAAGAUUUUUUAGAGUGUUGGUGAGCAGAAGAAACAUUUCAAAAACAUUUAAAAAUCUUAAUUAUUCCACACUUUUGACCGGUAGUGUACAUCUGUGUCUGUCUCUGUUCUUUUAGUCUCUGUUAACUGUUCAGGCACUGAUUCACUAGAACCAGACCAAAGUUGGCCCCUGAUGACCUCUGAUUGGGCCCAUCAUGCAAUUGAGGAAAACAUGCCAUUGAAGCAUAAUUUAACUUUUUGUUUGAACAUUUUCUGCUUUAUUUUUGCAUUGAAAUGCAUUCGUUUUUUUUUUUUUUAAUGAGAUUUUUAAUAUAACCUCUAAUGCAACACUUACUUUUGUUUGAGUUUUAGCCAUUCAUAGUAAAAAAAAACAAAAAUCCAGAUGCACUAGGUGACCUGAAGAUACACACUAAAGAGUGGACAGUGUUCUGACUGGACGAACGGAACGGACCCUUAAAUGUUCCUCUUCUUUCCUACUUUCUCUCUGACAGUCCGACUGCUGCUUCUGCUCAUUAGUUUUAAAAAGAACACCAUCAGUUGUGAUAAAACAACGCACACAAACGCCCUUCCCACGGAAUUCUGGGUAAUGCAGAACACGUGUGCUCUCUCGAAUUAAGACGUCAUUACCUGAAGGAACCGCUUCUCCAGAACACCAGCUUGGCCAAAACAGAUGCUGCAUCGCAACCACUAACAAAGAAUCAAGACGACACCUCAGGACAUGACUUUUGCUUCAGUUCUCGAUUUAUUGUUAUUUUUUAUCAACAUUUGUUUACGUCUUUAUGUCAGACAUUGAAACGGCAUUGUUCAUUUACAACAUGCAGGCAGCUGAAUCUCACGAAAAUCACAUUUCAUGACAAAAUCAAAUGGUAGAAAUAAGAAAUUAUAUUUUGCAUUAAGAAAAUGCCCCGUUUUUAGGACUUUAACCAUUUUUUUGCAUUAUGUUAAUGACAAUUAAGCACAUUUAACCGUUACUGUAAUGUGAAGAAAUAAUGUCAUUGUAUUAUUAAUGAGAAUCAGAAUAGAUAACGAAAAUUAUAGAAAACAAUAAUAAUUACAAUAAUGACCAUUUGAGAGGAAAAUUGAUUCAAAUAUUAAAAAGUGAUUAAAUAUCAUGAAAAUAAAAUAAUAAAAUGUUAAUAUAUAUACACACACACACACAUUUCAGAUAUAUACACACAUAUAUAAUAACAUUUUUAAACGUAUAUAUAUAUAUAUAUAUAUAUACAUUUUUACAAAUUCAAAUUUAAAACAUUGCAUUACAAUAUAUAUAUAUAUAUAUAAACAAUGAUCAAUAAAAUAACAUUACAUGUUCUUUAUUUCACGUUUCACUUGUACAUGUUUUCGUGAGAUUCAUUCAGCCUGUAGACCGACAGCAUACCGCUGUUGAAUCAAUCAUACAUGGAUAUAUAUGGAAUUAGAUCUAAUUAUACAUAAGAAUUAAUCUAGUAGCUUCAGAUGAAUAUAUAAGCUCUCUCUCGAUAUGAAAUGAUCUCUAUUUUCUAAGCAUGCUGUUCGUGGGGUUUGGUGUGCUGCUGUUUAAUGUUGUCAGAGGGGUUCUGUGUUCCAUCUUAGAAUAUUGACAGUGUUACCAGCAUCACUGUUGCGUUACCAUGGCGUUACUAUGACGACCCACUCUAGUGUGAGCAAUAGAGUGUGUUUGACGUUGAUGUGCGGCGCUGUGAACGGUGUAAUUCAAACAUUUAAAGACUAAACGCUUUACUGAAACCACACAAUGAGCAGCCUGUCUUUGUAAUCUCUGUUUGCCCAGUGAAUGUGUGUGUGUGUGAGAGACUGAUUGUAAAUGGUGUUUUAUGAAUCACUGGUGCUUUAAAGAGAACUGAUGAAUUGUGAUUGAUUAAAUUAAAUGGGAUUCAUCA